AAACGUCAACAAUCCAGAAGACGGUAUUCCGCUAACUGACCGCCCUGGAAACCUCAAACCCUACAGAAUAUCAGUUGGUUUCUACGCGAGCUCGGAAACCCACGGACAUUGACAUUUUGAUAGCAGUUUGCCAAAUGGCUUGCAGCGACCUCGAACGAUUUCCUCUUAUCUGUGUUCCGACACGUCACACCAACUGUCUGUUAUCACACGACACUUCGACGCUCACAGAGCUUGUUUGUUUGUUUGUUAGCCUUACUGCGCCUCAUUUGUUAAAGCCACGGGGAGUCACAUUCAAAAACAAAGACAGAAUGUUCGAAAAUUCACGAGAUCCAUUCCUGACUCGUGUUCUGUUUGUCAGAAAAAAAUUGCACUGAAAUCAGAAAAUAAAAGUUGUCAGUGGAGCCACGGUUCCGGAGAAUUUGACGUAAAUACGUCUAUACGGUGAGGAAGUUUAUAUUUUGGCUUUAUUCUAAAUAUUUCCUUUAGACAUGCUUUACAAUCGAGUAAAGUUUGAUUAAGACAUUGCUUAUUUAAUUCGCGGUGUCCGAAAUCAUGACAAACGACAUUUGACAGGCGACAACUGCCAUAUUGGCGGAGAAAUUUCCACCUCAGAAUCUAUAAACUUCAAGUAGAUGUAACUCAAAACACAGACGUUUCCAGAUACAUUUUUUAUGAUCAUAAAACACGACGCAUUCCGUUAAAUAGGCCCCAUUUUAAAUCGGGUCCGUUGAACGUUUGGGCUGUGUCUUUCGGCCUUCUGUGACAAUCACAGCCAGAGCAGCGACCCGCGGAUCACAGACUGCGAACCCUAUUUUAAGCGACGUGUUGACUGCAGUCGCUAUCUUAUCAGCUCAUUCAACGCCGUGGACCGCUGUCGGAGUAGAAGACAGCGAGUUCUUCCUGGCAUCGGUCAACGGUGGCUUCGCUUGGUGGUCUGUCGUCAAAAUUUCUGCGGACCGGAAGCUAUCUGAACCACGAGCCAUGCCCGCGUCCUCUGACGUGAUCUGCGUGUGGACGUGCUCGCAAUGCUCCUACGCACACAAUCCUCAGUGGUCGGAGCAGUGCGACGUUUGCACGAAGACGAAGAUCAAGGACCUUCCAGAAGGCAAAUGGAAAUGGAGUUUUGGCAGAUGCUGGACACUGAACCCUGUCACGGCUCUGCUCUGCGGCGCACGUGACAGAGAAGCGACGGCCCUGACACCGUCGGUGCACGAAACUUUAAGGAAAGGCGAAUUCUGGGUGUGCAGUCGGUGCACCCUGAAGAAUCCUCUCAGCGAACGGAAAUGCAGGGCCUGCGAAGCUCCCGGAUCGAAGGCCAGUGUGAGCGGACGGAACAUUUGGCACGAGGGCGUCAGAGCUCUACCUGAUUUUCCAAGCCAACUUGCACUGGCUGAAAGGAAGACUACGUCGAAGAACUGCUCCAAAUGUUCACACAAAAACGUCCAAAUAGCGAAAACAUGCGAGGUGUGCCAAAAUGCAAGAACUCGUAUUUUAACUGAUUCGGUCUGCCUGAGGGCUAAGGGAGAUUCUACUCAAUCGACGUCCUCUGCGAUGAAGCACAAAAGUGAACUGUUGGACGUUGUAAGACUCGUCGAAGAACAGGAAGCACUGAAGGUACGAAAACGCGUCUUGGCGUAUUGCAGAUCCAACAACGAACCUUUCGUGGAUGAUUCGUUUCCACCGGCACCGAAGUCGCUUUACCACAAACCAAACGCGAAGAAUAAAACUCACGUUGCGAAGUGGCUUCGGCCAAAUGACGUUACUGUGGACGCCGACUCUGGCUUCAGUUGGACUGUAUUUCGAACCCCGUUGCCUUCCGAUAUUUUGCAGGGUGUCCUGGGAAACUGCUGGUUUCUAAGCUCGUUAGCCGUGCUGGCGGAGAGAGAAGACUUGGUGAGGAAUAUCAUAGUGACACGAGACGUGUGCGAGCACGGGGUGUAUCAGGUGCGGCUCUGUAAGGACGGGAACUGGACCACAAUCCUUGUUGAUGAUCUGUUGCCUUGUGACAAAUACGGUCGAUUAGUCUACUCAAAGGCGAAGCGAAAGCAACUCUGGGUACCACUCAUAGAGAAAGCUGCAGCGAAGAUCCACGGUUGUUACGAGGCGCUGGUCUCUGGAAGACCGAUCGAAGGGUUGCGCAUUUUAACAGGCGCGCCAUGUGAAACCGUAGAUCUACAGCCCCGACCGCGUGAGGAUAUUGACCAAAACUUAGUCUGGGCGAGGUUGCUGAGCUCUCGUUCUGCUGGUUUCUUAAUGGGGAUAUCCUGUGGUGGGUUUAACGUGAACGUCCAGGAGGACGACUACGAACGCAUAGGACUAAGACCUAGCCAUUCAUACUCCGUACUAGACGUGAGAAAUGUGGCUGAACAUCGUCUGCUCAGACUUCGCAAUCCGUGGGGAAAUUAUUCGUGGAAAGGCGCCUGGUCAGACGAUUCCGCGACAUGGACUCCAGACCUCAAGAAACUCCUGUCACCAAACAGCUCUUCAGAAGGAAUAUUCUGGAUAUCGUUUGAGGAUGUUCUGAGAUAUUUUGACAAAGUUGACAUCUGCAAAGUGAGAUCUGGAUGGAGUGAACUACGUCUGUCAGGAAGACUUCCUCCGUUUGCAUCAGCCAAUCAUCUGUCAUGCGUCCUCCUCACUGUCCUCGAGUCGACUGAGGUAGAUCUAACACUCUUCCAACAGGCAGAGCGGGUGCUGAAGAAACCUCAGCUGAACCUGUGCUUGGCUCUGUAUCGAGCUCCAGCGUUUCCACUGUCGCAUCUCGGACUUCUGGUGGAAAGCAGCCAAAGCCAGGUGCAAAGUUCUGCAGGUUGCGAGAAGAUACUGGAACCUGGGUUCUACGUUGUCGUCUGCUUGGCCUUUAAUCACUGGAACACUAAAGAUGCUCCAGAGUAUGUGCUAGCAAUCCACAGCUCCAAUCGUCUUCUUGCGGAACAAGUGUCCGCUGAGGGCUGCGUGGUAGGCGAUGCUCUCAUCGCUUUGGCGCUCGCGAGAGGACGCAAGUACGACGCCUUUGAAGGAGCGACGACGUACACUUUGAGCAAGUGCUGGGCCGGAUUGGUUAUCGUGGUCGAGAACCGCCACGCCAACAAGUGGGUCCACGUCAGGGUCGACUGUAACGCCAGCUACAAUGUGGUGUCAACCCGCGGAGUGUUCCUCACUGCAGAUGCAGUUCCACCGCUGCACAGACAGGUUAUCACAGUGCUCUCACAGCUGGAAGGCUACGUGAUGGUGUCGUCAGAAUUCAGAUUGCUCCAUCGACUGACAGGCUCCAGCAAUCUCGGGGAAUGGGGAACGGGAAGCAACAGUCCCGCGCUUGGCGAUCAUCUGCAGGGCCUGCAUGCUCCUCGGCCGAUAAAGUAAUUUCCUUCCCGGGUUCCUGGCGCAGUAUCGAAGGCUUCACGAAUUUUCUCUCCCUGUGCCAUACUUGGGUAUGAAAUGCCAGAGGCCAAAGUUGCUACUGUCAGCUCGCCAAGAGAAGUGCGGAAAGGACGUGAUCUUACUACGCAUGCGCACUCCGCCUAUUGCUAUUCCACUAAUCUCUAGCGCUGAAGAGCACUGUGUGUACGAGUAGCCCUUCAAGACCAUCGCACCAUCAGCGGACUUCUAUCGGCACGCGAGCAGUACAAUUGUAUUUUGUAACAGAACUGGCUAUAAUAUUUGUCAAGAUUCCAUGGACGCUGAACAGAAUAGAGGAAAGAACAUUUUUACAACCGGAAAAUGGACAACAGCUUAAUCCGUGAUGAUGAUGAUGAAGUGUUUCUAACAGAAAGUCCUUAGCAUUCCUCCUUCAUAUUCGGGAUAUAUGUCCUCAGCUCCUUCACAGGGACAGACCUUAAAUUAUACCAUGACCAGUUUGUUCGAAAUAAUUUUCAAUUUCUAUGUUCAUUCUACCCUAUGUCGUCUGAGCUUCUGACAGCGUCAUUAAACAAGCCACAAAUUAAAUUAUAUUUGCAUACAUCUCUGUCUAGUGCCAGUGGACAUAUCAAAGUCUGCACUAAUUGGAACAGUUUGCAGGAGCCAGUUACCAAAAGGAAAUUAAUAGAUUUUCUGGAAAGUGGAACAUUCUAGAACAGGAAUGAACUUUACCUCAAACAAACAAAAGUUCUCUGGAUUGGAUUCAAUUAGUUCAGGGCAGGAAGCAGUGGGAAACUUGCAGACAUAGCCACAAACCAACAAGUUCUAUAAAGUCCAGAGAAAUUCCUGACCAGCCAUCAGUUUCUCAAGGAUACAAAUAAAUUCGAAGGUAAAGUUCAAAUUGAUGGAACUCUCAGAAGACAAAAUGCUUCAAGAGAUCAAGCCCCUGGGUCUGCUCGGUCAGGAAAUGAUGAUUUGCUUGAGAAAAUCAUGAAAGUUGAAGAAACCCUGCUCUAGUGUCCUUAACCCCCACAAAUCUCACUUGAAGUCACGUGGGAUUAAACUUGGCAUCUUUAUGGUAAGAAACCAGGAGCGGGAAAUUAAUGUCAACAUUCAACACAAAAUUUGUAACCUUGAGUUCCUAAACUGAAUAACAACGAACAAAUCAUAUGAAAAUUA